UCCCUUGGCCGCUUAUGUACAGUAGAACGUCCCGAGAUAUUUAUAAACAAGAAAUUGCGCGCAAAGUAUUUGGGACGAGAUAUUAGCAGUGAAGCGUAUACACAGGAGACCAGAGCCGAGCUCGCCGCCGCACAUGGAAGCAACUCUUCGUUUCACUCCACUAUUAUUUGGAACCAGACAUAUCAAAAUUAGAGCUAAGCACAAUGAACAUAUUAUUCAACUGUGCCACACCCAAUGUACAAAAACCUGUGUUUCUCUCAAGAUGGAUGUGGCGGAAUCAAGCAGCAGCAGUUUCUGGUUGCACAAAAGGCCUUUUCCAUCAAGAACAAUCAAGAAAUUCACCAUCAAUUCUUCAGAUCAACUCAAGAGUGAUUAUGGGAAUGCAGAGCCGACAGUUGCACUUGAAUCUCUACCACCAAGAUCUGAUGAUGGGGCUGCUUUUCUCAGUUUUAAUGAUGCCUGUAACUUUAAUACUUUGCAAUCUCAACCUAAAAUGUUUCGAAACAGGUUUUUGGAUUUUGUACGCAUAAGUUCUGUCCUCAAUAAUGCUGCUGAAUCAUUUUUUAAGAGUGAAAUACGGCGGAGGCUAUUUGUGACAGCUAUACUAAUUAUAAUCAGUCGUGUUGGGUAUUAUAUUCCUCUGCCUGGUUUUGAUAGAAGGUUGAUGCCCCAAGAUUAUCUUAGCUUUGUCUCAGGAUCUGUUGAUGAACUUGGUGACCUCUCAACAGAGCUUAAACUUUCAUUGUUUCAGCUUGGAAUAAGCCCUCAGAUACUAGCAUCAAUACUUAUGCAGGUACUGUGUCAUGUGGUUCCAUCUCUAGUAAAGCUGCGAAAAGAAGGCUUGGAUGGCCAUGAGAAGAUUAAGAGUUAUAUAUGGUGGGCCUCUCUUGGCUUUGCAAUAUUAGAAGCUUUGGUGGUUGCUAGCUAUUCACUUCCAUAUUCAAUUUAUGCAGCUAGUCACAGGGUGAAGCAUGUGAUGGUGACUGCUUUUUUAUUGGUCUGUGGUGCAAUGACUACGACAUGGAUUUGUGAUACAAUAUCAGAAUCUGGAUUUGGUCAAGGUUCAUCUCUAAUUAUAUGUGUGGGAAUUCUGACCGGUUACACAGAUACGUUGCAUAAGAUGUUGUGUCAGUUCUCAGGAAGUGCUUUUAGCUGGUGGCUAUAUAUUUUUUCAGUUCUGGGAAUUUUUAUGAUGGUAACUAUGUGGGCGGUUGUUGUAACUGAAGGAUGCAGGAAAAUAAAACUGCAGUAUUAUGGUUUUAAACUUGCAUCAGCUGCAAGGGAUGAUUCCCCAAUCACUGAAGUGGAGCCAUACAUCCCUUUUAACAUUAAUCCAACAGGAAUGCAGCCAGUUCUUACCACCACUUAUCUCUUAGCGAUGCCCAGUAUUAUUGCAGGAAUUCUUGGUUCACCUUUUUGGGAGCAUGUUAAAGAGAUACUGAACCCUGAAACUUCUCUUGGUGCAGAGCCAUGGGUUUACUAUUCGAUAUAUGGAUUUUUUGUUUUUGUAUUCAAUAUAUUUGACAUUGCCAACUUGCCAAAGGAGAUUGCUGACUACUUGAAUAAGAUGGGUGCCAGGAUACCAAACAUAAAACCUGGGAAAGCUACCAUUGAGUACCUCACAAAAAUCCAGGCAUCAACACGUUUCUGGGGAGGCUUAUUGUUGAGUAUUUUGGCAAUUACAUCAACCAUGCUUGAUCAUUACUUGCGCCGUAUCAAUGAGGGAUUUGCAAUUGGGUUUACAUCAGUGUUGAUUAUUGUGGGUUCGAUUAUUGACUUGAGAAGAUCUUAUCAGGCUUAUAAUGUCAUGCCAAGUUUAAGCAAAGCUCUAAGGCGUUACGGUGUAUAACAUUUGAUGUGAUGAGGCUAAGCUCUUCUGCCUUUCCAGGCGGGAAUAUAUUUGGUUGUGUUAAUGGAAGCAAAUGUUGUUCCAAGCAAAUGAAGUCUUUUUCAUUCAGUUGUGUCAAAACGUGGAAAGUAGAUUCUGAAGACUCAUUUUUUGAGCAUGGCUUCCAGGCUUUAAAGGAAAAGAUCAAAAUUUAAAGACAACAACACAGCAGAAUUCUACAGCAUGGGAUAGGAAAAUCUGAAUUUCACGUCAAAUUUAAGUUGUCUGGUGAUGUAAGAAUCGAGUUAUUUAGUCGUAUGAAGCUUUCACAUUUUGUAGCAAUUCAAUUACAAUAUUUAUGCAUCUUUAGAAGUUUUAUGUCUUUUUUUUUUUUUUUUUUAAAUUAAAAUUUUAAGUUAGACGAUAUAAAGCACUACUAGAAACUAAGACAGUUUAGAAACUUAUUUAGUUGCAAAUUAGGCCAUGCAUCGAAGAGAUAUGGAUUUGUCUCUUGGUAAUGUUAUUUCAGAUUGUAAUUUGUAAAUCUUUGCUUUCUGGUAAUGCUAAUAGUUAUGUUGUUUUU